GUGCACGGAUGUAUUAUGGCUGCUUCCCGUGUAGAAGCCGGAAGUCUUAUUGAAACGUUUCCGGUGAGCGAAUAGUUUAAAGUUCGCCCCACGCGAUUUGUUUUGUUGCAUUGUUGCAAACAUGAACUUCCACAUACGUGCUGCGACUAAACAGGACUGCAAAGACGUCGUGCGCAUGAUAAUGGAGUUGGCCCUGUUUGAAAAGAUGUCUGAUCAGGUGAAAAUAUCACGUGAAGAAUUGGAGCGUGACGGUUUCUGCCAGAAUCCCGCCUUUGGAUGUCUCAUCGCGGAGGUACCAGAAGAGAAUAAAUCUAAAGAAGGAUUGACCACCGUCGGGUACGCCCUCUACUUUUCCACCUACAGCACGUGGAAGGGACGAUCGAUGGAUUUGGAGGAUUUGUACGUGAUGCCUGAAUUUCGGGGAUUUGGCAUUGGAAAAAGCUUACUGAGCGCCGUUGCCAAGGUGACCAAAGAGGAGGCCUGUGCACGUUUGCAGUUGGGCGUGUUGGACUGGAACACUCCGUCACGAGACUUCUAUGCUGCCAGAGGAGCUCAAGAUCUCACCGUCAGCGAGGGGUGGCACUUAAUCCGUUUUGACGGAGCGAACCUGGACAAUUUGGCCAAUGACGCCUCAAAGAUUUAAAAACGUUUUUUUCGUUAUCUUUCCUGUUCAACUGUAAACUGUUUUUGUUUCAUGUGUGUGGAAGGAUUUCAAAAUCCUGCAAUAAAUAUUCCCCUGGUUGAAAACUA